GUCACAUGCUAAAUUUUCUCAGGUCGGAACACACACACUCAGGCCAGAUUCAUCUACGAUUUGUGUUUUGAAAUCCGAUUUGCUGAUCAGCAUGAAUGAGAUCCCGUGGGAACUUCCACAAUGUCGAAGACUCAACCCAGAGAACCUGGGUUACUGUGGAGAUCUUUGAGUCCUCCUCUAUGGUUCAAGGUACCGAGGGAGGAGCGAAAUACAACUGCAAUUAUUGCCAGAAAGACAUUACGGGCAAAAUCAGGAUCAAAUGUGCUGUGUGCCUCAAUUUCGAUCUCUGUGUAGAAUGUAUGUCUGUUGGAGCAGAGAUCAAUACUCACAAAUGUGAUCACGCCUACCGAGUUAUAGUUAGUUUGCGUUUUGUUUCUAGUUUUCUUUGUAUUUAGAACCGCGAAAAUCUCGAAACAAAA